UAACCUUUUUGCGGUUUCCGUAUGAGUUCAUCGGAACCUAAGGGCCGUUCUUGAGAAUCCAGGAUCGUAAUUAUUAUUAUUAACGGAUUUGACGACGAUUUAUCUUUUAUUCGUCGAAAUAAUAUAUUAUUUUAUCGGUCAGAGGGCGAUCGAGACCCGGGCGAAUUUAGAAAUGUGCUGUCAUCUCUGUUUCCCGUCGCAGUCCGCCUCCGAGUCGUGAUUUAUUCAAAUAAAACAUGCCUUUCGUCAGGUUCACCUCUGUUAAAAUGAAAACAAGCUUCUACUGGUUUUAUUUCAUAAAGUUGGGGACUCAGAUCAGACAAUCGUAGAGCCGAGAUAGCCGGGCCGGUGUGUGAUAUGGUGUUUGCAGUUUUGCAAGAUGUCACAGAACACUAAGCGUGCAGAUUCACAGACGGACCACGGCGACAACGCAAAGCGAGCCAAGACGGACCACCGCGGUCGUGACCCGCCUCAAAGGAACAACAGGCUGUGCAACGUCCUCAAAACGGAGAUACAGAACGAGAUAGACAUCAGGAAUCUCGACUUGGAACGCAUCGAAGACAGGAUCUUCGAAACUAGAAAAGCCAUAGAGAAAAUCAGACAGGCUGUUGUCACAGAAUUUUACAGCCAGUCGUAUAAGGGUGUUUUGCAGCCUCCUCCGCACCCUGCGGUGAAGGACACUUUUCGAGGAAAGCACCUUCCGAUUAAGACGGAGAUUCCCAGUGACGAUGAUAAUCCUCUAGAAGUGGCCACUGAGAACACAAAUGAGCUAGUGACAAAGAAAGAGGCAGAUGAUGACUCGGCCACUACAAACCAGAAGCAGCCGAGAUACAUCCCACCGAAUUAUGAAGAAAAAGACAUUAUCCAGUUGUUUGAACCGAGAGGAAAUGAAAGGAAGGAAAAAUACAGACUACUUAUUGGCAACAUUUCAAAAUGGAUUCUCGAUCAAGAAGACUCUGAAAUAACACACAAAUGGACAGUGUACAUGAAAUGCAAAAAAGAAAAUGGAGACAAUGUCGAGAUCGGAAGCGUUUUUUCCAGUGUAGUGUUCUUCUUGCAUCCGAGUUACAAACCUAAUGAUGUCAUCAGAAUAGACAACCCACCUUUCAAACUGACCAGAAGAGGCUGGGGAGAAUUCCCGUUGAGGGUUCGACUUUAUUUUGCAAAUGAGUUGGACAAAUCGUUGGACGUUGUUCAUCACAUCAAGCUGGAUAGGUCUCAUAGUGGAUUAGAUACCUUUGGUGGCGAGACAAUUGUUGAUACUUGGGUACAUACAAAAACUGAUCUUUCGACUAAAAGCACAAAUUCCCCUUUGAAAGAUGUGAACAGUCCUAUAACUCCAAGUGUCAGCGCACUUCCUUUUACGAAUGACAUUUCAACAGAUAUUCUUUCUGAAAUUUUCGGAGGGCCCGAGGAAGUUCCGAAGAACUCAUUUAUAGACGACAUCGAUAUUAAGACUGAGUGUGACGACGUUCCAAUUGAAGACAUCGAUAUAAAACCGCUUAGCCCAUAUCCUGAUAUGAUUGCCACGGAAGAGAUCAAAACUGAACAAUUUCCAGAAAUCGUACAUGAACCACCUUGGACAUGCAUAGAAACUUCUGAAAACGGCGUACAUCAGAAUGGGGAAGUGGCUACUGUAAACGAAAAUCAGUCAGAACCUUCUAAAAAAGAAUUGCUGCCCGAGGUGGUUGAUUUUCCAGAAGAUUUCAAUCAGGCAAUAUCACAAGAAGUCAUCAUAGAAUCAGAAGAUGUUCCCUAUUCAGACAAUUUCACCCAGAAGGUCAUAGAAUCAGACACUAAAAUCAAAGAAGAAAUUAUUUAUAGCGAACCAGGUGAAGUUGUAGAAGAAAUCAUAUACGAUGAUGAAAUUUUAGAUAUAAAAGAGGAAACAAUUGAUGAAAACAACUGUGAUAAUAGUGUAAAUAGUACUGUCUCUCCUGUAAAACUGGUAGAAACAAAUGUUGAAAAAAAACUAUCUACUGUAUCAUCAAACUGUUUCAAACCGAUAAAAAUUAGUUUAGUGAAGCCUCAACAAUUUGUAGAGAACUGGUCAAAAGUUCAGUUAAACCCAUCAAGUCCAAAGGUUAGCACUAGUUCUCCGAUAAAGAUCAUCAGUCCGAACUAUACCGCCAAACCUAACUGCAAAACUCUAAAAAUAAUACCAAAUCUGAAGAGGAGUCCGAUUAAAAUAAUUCGACCUAAUUCAAGCACGAGCUCUUCAGACAAGGAAGGCAUAAAACAACAAGUGUUGUUUUUUGAUUCGACCUCUUCUAAAUCGGGCAAUGGCGCCCCUUUAUUCAAAUUCAUCCUAGACCCGGAGACCGUGUUAAAACUACCCAAGGGCAACGGAUUAAAAAGCUCGGCAAAUCCUAAAUCCAAUGUUCACCAAACAGCAAACAUUAAUCAGGCCAAUAAAAAAGCAGCAAAGGUGCACCAGUCAAAGCCAAUCCUUGUAACAACAAAUACUUUAGGCGAAAAGCAAACACUAGUUGUCCAGCGGAAAGUAUUACCAGGAGUGAGCCUUCUUAAAAAAGUUGAGAAAACACAAAAUAGUCCUGUUUUAGACGACAAAACUAACUGCAGUGAUGUGCCACCACAAUUGUCUGAAAAUAUAGAAUUUUCCAUUAAUUGGCUGGUAAAGAAAUACCCAUUGUUCGAUGCGAGAGCGGCCAAAGAGGGUUUUAGGACUGUCCAUCCUUAUUGCGCUCCAAGCAGAGCAGCUUUCUUGAGUUGGCCUUUAGGGAAACAGCGUGCAGCAGAAUGGAUGAGAGCGAAAAUCAUUUCUAGAUUGCUCAAAAAGGCUUGUCCAAGUUGUCAGCCUUGGUCGACAGUCCAGGUCUUGGACUGGUGCAGAUUGAUGGGAUUCACCCCAAAGGAUGUGAGUUCUGCAGAUGAGACUACGGCUGUUCAAGAGCCAAUAAGUUUGAAUUUUUCGCCUCCUCCAAUCUUGAAAGGGAAGACUGACAUAUCUACAUUCGACAAAUGUGAAAAUAUCGACAUAAUUAAUGAUAAUCCUAUCUCAAGAGAACAUACCAAAAAUUUGUCUGAUAAUGAAAAUAUAAUUCACCUGCCACUUGACAAUAAUUUGAAAGGCCUCGGAGAAUUUAUCGCAGGCUCUUGCACGCACUAUGUCUCGAAGAGUGUUUCAAAAGAGGAGUUGAUAACGGAAGGCGUCGCUUAUCCAGCAGCACUUGCUGUCCUAGUGUCAGCUUUCAAUUCCAUCGCUGAGGAUCUGAUCAGGAGAUCAUAUGCUGCUGGCAUGAUAAGACACAACAACGAAGCCCCUAAAGAAAUAAUAGAAAAUGAUGUUAAAAAUGCACUAUUCAGUAGAAAAGAGUUUGACCUAUUUACGAAUGAAGGACUUGGAAAAGAAGAAGACGAAAAUUAAUUUAUGUCUUUAUUGAAAACAAAACAUUUUCCUGAUUUAACAAACAAAUAAAACAUUCAAUCCCAGCUAAAAACUAAACUCAUUAACAACAUGCAAGUGAUGUAAAUGAACAGAAAAACAAAUGCUGCAGAUAUGUAAUGCAUUUAAUUUAGCUAGGAUCAGGAAAGUGUUUUUCACAUUCACCAGCCUAAAGGAAUUUUAUGCUUCAUGACUUCUUUUUGCAGCCACUUGAUCAAAGGGUCGAAAUAGUCAAGAAGAGGUGCAGCUGAGUAGGUCUUGAACUUUCCUUUAGAAAAAUCCUCGAAUGUUACGUCCCAGGGUUGUUUUGAUCCUUGUCCCAUUAAUUUCCUGUAAAAAAAGAACUUAUUUGGAAGUUUAUCUUGACUGAAUAUGUAAAAUUUUGUAGAGUUUUUGCAUGUUUAUAUUGUACAGUUUUUUCAUUUAUAGAAUUUUUCUUUAUUAUUUGCGUUCAACAUAUAACUUUUCAGGCUGUUGACAAGUUGCUGAAACUUAUAUUUAGGUUUUUUUUUAAAACUUUAAUUAUAGAUGUAAGUAUAAUUAUUUUUGCUCACAUAUCGUACCUGCAAAGUGUAUUAUAAAGUUGAAUCUUACCGCUUAUUGGUAAAUUUUUUUGUUGAAUAAUUUAAUAUUUUUGUACAAUAAUAUUUUCAAACUUUCACAGGAAAGAGAAUUGACGUUUGUGUUUAAACUGUAAAAAAAAUGUGCAUACAAUGUAA